CCGUCAUGACAACUUCCUUAUUUUCUCGAAGCAUAUUCCGUGAAAUAUUUUCCUGCUGCAGUCGGGUUUCUCAUCUGCUUCGACAAAUGUAUCAAGGAAAGCGUCCUCAAGGAAUGAUUCCUGCCAUCAUUAUGGCAUUCUGUGUUGGAAAAUCACUAGAAUGUGAUCAGAAGAACACUUCCUGCAAUGGCAUUAAGACUGGUGGCGGAUUCAAGUUCCCUCAUGGAGGACCUGAGGGAAGUGAGAUCUACGUCUAUGAUAACGAGACUGUGCUCAUUGCUUACGCUUCGCUUGGCGAUCAGUCUUUUGAGUUUAUGAACAAGGUGAUGAGCAUGGACAACUAUUCAGUCAUUACAAGAGACUGCCAAGACCUGCAAGUAAAACACAUAGUUCAUCAUGGAGAGCGCUUUGUAAAAGAGAUAUGUUUGGAUUAUAAAAUUACAGAGAAACUGGAUAUUGAUUCAACUGAUUCACCAACACCAAUAAUCAUCGGUAUUAUAUUUGGUGUGAUAUCACUCAUUGUGAUCAUUGUGAUUAUUCCUUUGUGUUACGUUUCUUGGAAGAAGCUAUUGAAGAAGCAGCACGGUGCAAACACAGUUUCUGAGCUCACUUUCAUGCUGAGUUUUCUCAGACUGGGGAUUUCCAAGGCACAGAAGGAGGAAGAGGAAGGAGUUGGUUUGAAUGAAAUGGGAUAUGCCCCUGACCCACCUGGAAGUGGUGUUGAGCAAGAUAACACACUUGACAGUGUGCAUGUUCACAGUAUUGAUCCUACGGCUGAAGGCAAGACUACUCAAUCCCUUAGUCUGGACCGCAGCUUGAGCAACGAGGGAAUCCAACCCCCUAAAAACGGAGACAUAACUGCCCCUGACAUUUACAGAGCCUCUAAUCAUCGAGCCAAGCACAGAAAGGUGAGGGAUGAUCCAGGAGGAGAGAACGACAACAAAGGAAAAGACAGGGACACAGCCAAUGGGUGCACUGUUGGUGUUAGUGGUCCUGAAGAUCAAGAGAAUGAAGGACAAACGCUGCUCUUGGAUCAGCGAGCUGCCAUCCAAGGUGAAGCUGCAGUUUCCUCUACUGCACCAGACACUGACGUGGAGUCAACAUGAAGAACUAUACAGAUACAUAAAUCUUGAGUCAUAAUAAUAAUAAUAAUAAUAAUAAUAACCGUUAUUAUAUACAAUAUAAAGUUUUCUCACAAUUAGGAUAUGUGGUACCUUUUCUGGCAGCUCCUUUGGAUGAGUCCAGCACUUUUGUUUAAAUGAUCACUUUCAUCCCAUAAUGCUUUUCAUAGUCGUAGAAGAUAUGUAUAUAUUAUUUACAAACCCAUUUGUCCAUAAUUUCACAUGAUUACAACAUAUUUACAUCAUUCUGAUGACCUGAAGUUUUCUUCACAGAAAAAGUAGACAAUCCUGGUGGAAACCGGUCUUGUCUGUGCGUUGGUUUCAGCCUGGUCAAUCACGCAGAUAAUAUAACAUAUUGAUUUUGGUCAUUACAUUUAGAGGAACAUUAGUUAUUACAUUAUUAUAUUACAUAAAUUACAUUAUAUAAUAAUUAAAAUAGCUGAGAAGUGCAUGGCUUGACCAAAGGAUGGGUGGAUCCAGACAGAAAAAGUACCACAUCCAAAGCUGUGAGACAACUUAUUAUAUUAAUACAUUCAAGUGAAUGUAUUAAUGCACUUAUAAAACAGGUAUAGUAUAAAUACAUACAGUACUGUAUUUGUAAACUAAACAAAUAUUAUAUAAAAUGUUCUAUAUUAUAUUAUAUCAUAUACCUCAUUAGAGUGAAUAUUAUUAUCAGAUUUCUUUUCUUUCAUUAUCUACAAGUAAGUUUUUGUUUAUCUGAUUAAUUAUUAGUAAACCUGCUUUUGCUCCAUUAUUGCUGCAUAAUCUAGGAACAUGUUUAUUCUUAUUAUCACCUGAAUCCCAGAACCCUUUUUUGGUAACUUAAAUCUUUUUCGGUAUUACAUGCCUAUAAUAUAUGUAAUAUACAUAUUUUGUUGCAUUGCUUUUGCUUUUUAAUUGAUCAGUAGUGACAAUAGGAAUAUAAACAAUUAUGAUGAUGAUGAUUUUUUGUAAUGAAUUUUGAAUAAAAUCCUUUACUCCACCCUGGA